AGCGAUUGCAAAGUGCAAACUCAGAAGUCACUGAGAAGUGUUAUUAAUUUUAUAUUUCAGUUAAAAGAAUCGUUAAACAUACAAAUUUUAUCUUCUUUUGGUCCAAAAAUUGACUUUGGCGCUGUUGGAAUCCCCAGUUAAAACUCUGCUUUCCGUGUAAUCUUACUUCAGUAGUAUUUGCUGACAGGCGACAGCACUCACUGUCCAAAGAUGUUGGCUAGAAGAGUCUGGAAUCCAUGCCUUGCCAUAUUUGAAACUUCCAAACGGACGUUUUCUUCUCGUACCCACCAGAUUUGUCCUGCAAAUAUUCUUCAACAGAAGCCUUUUUAUUCCGCAUCCCUGCAGAAUACCUGCUUUCCUAGUCUGAGGUUACCUUCUUACCGGUUUUACGCAGCGACUGUUCCUAAUGAAAAACUAUCCACGGAUUCCAACGAAAAAUCACAAGAAAAUGAGAAGAAGCCGGAGUCCCCUCCCGAUACGAAUCCGAACAAGGAAAGCCAAGCUGCCACACCUAACAAAGAGAAACAGCUGAUGGAAGAAAUCGCAAAAUUGGAGUCAUCAUCGAAAAAUGCCCAUGCUGGUAGAAUUUUGAAACUGCGAACCGCUUAUAAUGAGUUAUGGCGGAGGCUGAAGACUCGUGUUGAUGGUUUUCCAUCCGUGACAGAGUCGUUCCAGUUGUGGUCUGGAAGGUCUCCGUUUGAGGACAAAUAUCUCCGUGCACUGGCAGAAACUGAAAAUGUACGGCAAAGAUUAACGCGGCAAAUUGAUGAUGCAAAACAGUUCGGAAUUCAGUCGUUCGUUAAAGAUCUGCUCGAAGUUUCCGACAUAUUAUCCAAAGCUAUGGGAUCCGUGCCAGAGGAUGCUUUAUCGGACAAAAAGAAUCCUCAUUUGCAAAAUCUUUUUGAAGGUCUGCGAUUAACCGAAGCUCAGCUGAACAAGGUGUUCAAAAAGCACGGACUGGAGAAAAUUGAAGCAAUGGGUGCGAAGUUUGAUCCAAAUGUUCACGAAGCCCUUUUCGAAGCACCUGGUCAGCAAGGACAAGAACCCGGAACAGUGAUGGCCGUCACACAGACUGGUUUUAAGUUAAAUAACCGGACUAUCCGUCCAGCUCGAGUGGGUGUCGCUAAAUAAGGCGAACAUAAUUUCCAAGGUAGUUCUUCUUUCUUGUUAGACUUCGGCUUCUUGUUGCGGACUUCGUAACAUAAUUUCUGGUUGCCUGUCAAGGGAAUAAAACUGAAAGCUGGUG